AUGAACGGCAUCGACAUCCUCUGCGAUGCCGCCGGCUCCGACAUGCUAAACCCCCUCUACUCCCCGCCGGAAGUCCCGAAACCGCCGGCCCAACCUCCACCUCAACAACUCGGGAAGCGGAAAUUGAGUGUGUCCGACGCCUCUCUGUCUUCAACACACGUCUGCCACAUCUGCAAGAGAGUUUACGAGCGAGCCGAUCAUUUGACUAGGCAUCUACGAUCCCAUGAAAAUGCUCGUCCCUACCAGUGUUCUCGCUGCCCCAAGCGGUUCAACCGAGCCGAUCUCCUUACCCGCCACGAGACGACUCAUGACCGCGACAGCACAGGCAAGGGCAGAACCUUUAUACGGCGAAGCGAUCGGGCCGCCGAGGCUUGCUUGAACUGCGCUGCUUCAAAGUCAAAGUGCGAGGACUCCAAGCCAUGCUCGCGUUGUCGCUCCAAAAAUCUGCCCUGCGAAGUACCCUUGAAACGAACACAUUUUCACCGAACCUCGACUGAUAGGCAAUCCACGCCCUCUGAGUCCUCCACGAUGCCUGUCGGGUUGGACAUCAACGGGGGGAUAGACACCGCUCCGACAUAUGGCAGCUCCCGUAUGGCAAUGAUGGCGCCUGAUUCCGGAACAACUCACGAUAUCGACGCAAGCUCAUUCAUGGAUGAUGGUUUUGCGAACCCUGUUAUCGACAUGGUCAUGCACGACAUUGUCAACUUCAAUCCUGUACACAACUAUUUUCAGGAUAUGGACUUCUCCUCCUGGGACCUCAACUUCGAUGCCAUCACCAUUCCACAAAUUGACGUUCACGCGAGUCCCGACUCAACAACAACAAGUCGGUCUAAGUCGGCGACUCGUAAUGCGUCACGGGCGCAUGCCGCCUUCAAGCGUUCCCCGUGGCUCUGGGAACCAGGCCCUAAGGAUUACGCAUUGCAUCAUGUGUCUCGCCAAGAUAAGGAGAAGCUCGCCCUGGACGAGAACAACUUGGCAAACUCGCCGGCCUUUGACAAGCUAACAAGCACACCGGGCACAAAACUUAAAAUGACACCUACCGCUCGAGAUAGCCUCCUGGCGUUGGUAGUGACCAGUACCGUUCACAAAGGCGAACGUUCACGAACACCCUCAUUCCCGUCUUUGGAUCUAUUAAAUUAUCUUGUUCAGGCCCACUUCAUCCAUGAUGAGCAUCAAUGCGACAGCUGGAUUCACUUGGCAACUUUUGAUGCCACAACCGCAAUACCCGAAUUGCUCGCCGGUAUUUUGUCGAGCGGUGCUACGUAUAUUUCCAUCCCAGCCGUCUGGCAAUUCGGAUACUCUAUUCAUGAGGUGCUUCGGCUGGCGUUAGCGGAUCUGUUCGAAGGUUCCAACACUUUCACGCGCGAUCUCGGGGCCUUGCAAGCAUUCAUUUUGAACCUCGAUAUCGGCAUUUGGAGCGGUUUCAAGAGGAAAACGGAAAUUGCAGAGAGCUUCCUGCAGCCUCCAAUGACCAUGCUGCGACGGGCUGGUAACUUUUCGGCCCCUCCGGAUUCCCCCUCGCUAAUUCCAACAUUGGCCGAUCCUCCGGACGUCCUGGACUCGAAAUGGCGCAGGUUCGCUAAGCGGGAAUCUUACAAGCGAAUUGUGCUACACCUUUUCUUUCAUGACAUCGAGACGUCUAUUGGCUUCUGCAAGAAUCCCCUCAUGUCUUACACUGAGCUAAGCUUCAGUCUCCCGGCCUCUCGUGACCUUUGGCGAGCGCGAUCUGCCGAGCAAUGGAGAAGCAUGUAUAUUGCCAAAACCAACGCUGCUACAGAGCGGACCAUUCCGAGAGUGUCUGAAGUCAUGCAUUGUACCGAGAUAUUGGACGAAUUUGAACAGUUGGUCGAUACUGAAUUAUGCUACAUGGCCUUGCUUCACGGUUACUGGGGCCAAAUAUCUGCAUAUCGCGAAGCAAUCAAAUUCUACACCGAUGGCAUGUCGAACAAGAGGAACGCAACGCAUAGACUGUGGCUGAAAACGCAAUAUCAGGAGCUUUAUCGUGAUCUCAACGACUUCUCGACUAUGAUCCUUACAUCAAAGAGACCUACAGCUCAACUUGCGGUUCUGUCCGAGGUGCUUAUGAUGGUUCUGCAUGUUUCUCCUGACGUUCUUCAAACGUUUGCAGGCAAAGCAGGUGAGGAUGAGGCUCGGCGUACGUUUAGCAGCCUUGAAGAAAGCUGGGUCAAGACUUCCGAGGCACGCCACGCUAUUUGGCAUGCGGGCCAGGUCUUCCACCACGCACGACAACUUCCGCCUGCUUCACUUCGAGACUUCAACGCUAUUGCUGUUUACUUUGCCUGCCUUACCCUGUGGGCCUAUGGAUUAUUAUCCUGCUCAGCCUCCAGGCACGGUUCGGAUCCCGAAGUGAGUAGUAUCAGUAGGUCUGGUUCGGGAUACAUCCUCAUGGAUUCGGAGGAAAAUCGAGAGACUAGGGCGUUCCUUCAACUUGAUCGAGGCGUGCCCGGUCUGACGCUGAAUGGUAACCCUGCUGACGGAGUUGAAUCACUCUCAAAUCCGAGCAUUGUACUCUCCGUCGCGCGGGACAUCUUUCGGAACAACUUCCCCGUUGUCUCGGAGCCUUUACCGCCGCUAGUUGACAGCCUGAGGAAUCUGCUUCAGGACCUCGGGUCCGGGGCGGCAGGACGGCCAUCGAGAGCUGCUAGCGAGGAAGCCAGGUGA